AUGUCUUCGGCACCAACCUCCUUCCUCGUUCUCCCUCCAUAUCUCUUGGACUUCUUCUGUGAGGGGCAGCACCCACAAACUUGAAACUCCCAUACGGCAUCAGGCUGAUGGUCUCCACUCACUACUCUUGUGUAUUACGUCGCGCGAGACAAGAGACGUUCUUGUCUAAAACGGGUUGACGUGCACAAUAGCAACUCCUUUUGUUCCUUUUCUUGCCAUGCCGCAUAAAAGGGCACGUAUACUAGCAAGUGACGCUUCCCACUUCACUCCGCGCAGCGUUAGAUCUGCUCGCCAACACUGCGCUUGAUGAGAUGGUCGUGGAUCAUUCCGACAUAAGCACCCUCUCAUCAUCCGCGCUGUCCUCUGAAGCAUCUUCGAGCCCUGUGGGCAAACGGCAACUCCGGUCAAGGAGGUCCACCUCCCAAGCUCCCAAGCGCGGCAAGAUAAAUCCCGAGCUGCAGCGGCGCCGGAGGGAGUUCAAGGAUCGAGCCAUGAAUAUCAAAUCUCUCCAGAACUCUCCUGUGAAUGGCCAACAACUUGAAGUUCUCAAGAUCGUGUUUGAUGAGAUUACUAUGCAUCCCAUUGAUUCGUGGGUUUCCAUCAUGGCUAUCGUUCUCAACAGAUCCUUCCGCCAAGUCAAAAAUUGGUUCAGCAACUGCAGACAGAAGCAUCGACGCGGAGAACUCACCGCCGUAUAUUCUGAUGUCGGAGACUGUCUGCGACUCAGGCCCUCCGCCUUGUUGAUCUCAGCAGACUGGUCCGAUCAAUGCUUCGAGGAGUUCUUCAUGAUCGUCCACUUCUGGAAGCUACAAAAAGCGCGCACACAACCACACGGACCAUUCACGAUCAUUCACGACAUGAAACUCUAAAACACAACGGCCAUGUUGUACUCAUGCGCUACUUACACCACACACACUAAUCGCAUACCUCGUAAAUCACUAUACGUAAUCUUGUAUUCACUAAUCCCGUUUGUAUCAUCAUCAUCGUUGAGCUUGACCCUAACGUCCCUUCCGCCCGAUGCCGGCUUUGUAUUCUGCCCUCGCUGUCGUGGGACUAGGGUGGUAUGCAGCCUUGUGGAGCAUCGGCCUACUAGGUUGUUGGGCCGCUCGAAAACGAUACCGCCUACGACCGCGCUCGCCGCUAGCAAGUGCAUCUCCGACUACUGUCCCUGGUGUCUCAAUUCUGAGACCACUCAAGGGACUCGAUACGAACCUUUACGAAAACCUUCAAUCGACUUUCGUCCAGGAGUACCCGAAUUUCGAAAUCUUGCUCUCUGUGGCCGACAAGCAUGACCAGGCGCUGCCUGUUGCUCAGGAACUCAUGGCAAGAUAUCCCUCGGUGAAUUGCAGGAUCAUCAUCGGGGAGGAAGUCGUCGGGGUGAAUCCCAAAGUCAACAACCUCAUGCGCUCCUACCGGGAAGCCGCUAACGACAUACUCUGGGUCAUCGACUCGAAUGUCACGGUGCAUCCGGGCACAUUAGCUCGUUCCGUCGAUGCUCUCGUGGGCCCGCCCUCCACCUCACCCCGCAAACGGAUAGCCCUGGUGCACCAUGUUCCUUUCGCUGUUGUCACAGAGCCGCGGCUCGGUUCGCGUAUUGAGGAAGCCUUCCUGAACACCAACCAUGCCAAGAUGUACAUCGCUAUCAAUACGGCGGCCAUCGAGUCCUGUGUCAUGGGCAAAUCGAACCUGUACCGGCGCUCAGACGUGGAGCGCAUCAACGGGUCCCUGAAACCCUUGACCUCGGACGCGGAUCCUGGCGAGCGCGGCCUGGCUGCUUUCGGGCGGUUCCUCGCUGAAGAUAACAUGAUCGCCACUUCGUUGUGGCACGAGCUGGGCGACCGACACGAUUUGUCCUGUGAUGUCGCGCGCAACGUCGUUGGCAACAUGACGCUGUCGGACUACAUCUGGAGGCGGGUGCGCUGGAUCCGCGUGCGGAAGCAUAUGGUGUUCGGAGCGACGCUGACCGAGCCGUUCACCGAGUCUGUCGUCCUUUCGUUGAUCGGGGCCUCGAGCCUCCACUACUUGUUCGGGCUCCCCGUGUGGAUCGCGUUGUGUGCGCAUUACAUCGCAUGGAUAUCUGUUGACCUGGAUGUCUACGCCUCCUUGGCUGGUCAUCCGCUACCGUCGUCCCACGCAUGGCCCUUCGCAGCAGCAUGGGCUGCCCGCGAGCUGCUCGCUUUGCCCAUAUUCCUCUACGCUAUCUUUGGCAGCGAAGUUGUAUGGCGGGGGACUCGAUAUCGAGUCCUUACUAACGGAGAAGUGGCCAAGGUGGAAAACAAUCCGUCCUGGUUUCAGCGCUUGCGGCAACCCAAAAACUAUGAUCCACUGCCAAGUUCCCAAUGA